ACCUUCAGGCCCGUAUCUAACAUAUAUACAGUCCCGAUUGAUGUCGCCAAACGGCCUUGUCCGCCGAUGGGCGCUCCUGCGCUCCUCGAAGAAUCUCCAGCGACGAGCAUUCGCCUCCACCAGACGCCAUCUCCAGGAUGUUUUCCAAUCGCAGUUGGAUAAUCCUGCCUCUGCGGCGAUCUUUUCGACCCUCCAGAGCUCCCGGGCCGUACCUCAGACCCUGACCGAAAAAAUAGUCCAGAAAUACUCCGUGGGACUGGGGAAGGACAAGUUCGUCAAGUCUGGCGACUAUGUCACAAUUUCGCCGCACCGCUGCAUGACUCACGAUAACUCGUGGCCUGUGGCCCUCAAGUUCAUGUCUAUUGGAGCUUCCCGCCUGCACAACCCCGAUCAAAUUGUCAUGACCCUUGACCAUGACGUUCAGAACAAGUCGGACAAGAACCUACAGAAGUACCGCCAAAUCGAAGAAUUUGCCAAGCACCAUGGAGUAGAAUUCUACCCUGCUGGGAGAGGUAUUGGUCAUCAGAUCAUGGUGGAAGAAGGCUAUGCCUGGCCCGGAACUCUCGUGGUGGCGUCUGACAGUCACAGUAACAUGUACGGAGGUGUUGGCUGUCUAGGAACCCCCAUUGUGAGAACCGAUGGAGCUAGUAUUUGGGCGACAGGCAAGACCUGGUGGCAGAUCCCUCCCGUGGCCAAGGUCACCUUCACCGGAAUCCUGCCCACAGGUGUGACCGGUAAAGAUGUGAUUGUUGCGCUUUGUGGCUUAUUUGACAAGGACGACGUCUUGAACCACGCCAUUGAGUUCACUGGAUCGGAAGAAACGAUGCGAAGUCUCUCCGUGGAUAACCGUUUGACAAUCGCCAACAUGACAACUGAGUGGGGUGCGCUUUCUGGGUUGUUCCCCAUCGACAACGUGCUGAAGGGAUGGUUAAGGGGCAAGGCUACAACCGCGGCUAUGGGCCUGGCAGACGGUCCUUUCAAGACCCUGGCUGCCGACCGUUUCACGCACCCCAUCCUGGAACAGCUUUUCGAGAACCCACUGACUGCGGAUAAGGGCGCGAAGUACGCCAAGGAGCUCUUCCUUGACCUCUCUACCCUCACUCCUUACGUCUCUGGACCAAACUCCGUCAAGAUCGCCACCCCCCUCAAGGAGCUUGAGGCCCAGGACAUCAAGGUCAACAAGGCCUAUCUCGUCUCCUGCACAAACUCCCGAGCUUCUGACAUUGCUGCCGCUGCCGCGGUAUUCAAGGAGGCUGCCGAAAAGAACGGAGGCAAGAUCCCUAAGAUUGCCGACGGUGUGAAAUUCUACAUUGCUGCCGCCUCGAUUCCUGAGCAGUUGGCUGCUGAGGGUGCUGGAGACUGGCAAACACUCUUGGAAGCCGGGGCCACAGCCCUUCCUGCCGGAUGCGGACCAUGUAUCGGAAUGGGCCAGGGUCUUCUUGAACCCGGGGAGGUUGGUAUUAGUGCUUCCAAUCGCAACUUCAAAGGCCGUAUGGGCAGUACGGAUGCGAAGGCUUAUCUGGGAAGCCCCGAGGUGGUCGCUGCCAGCGCUCUGAGUGGAAAGCUUAGCGGUCCUGGCUGGUACCAGUCCCCGGAGGGCUGGACUGAAGUUGUGCGAGGGGAGGGCGACGGUAUCCGGGAAGAAGACCGGAUGCUUACCGCUGAGCAGGCCCUGGAAAAGAUCAUUGGCCAACUGGAUGACCUUGUCGCUGAUGGUGAGAAGCGUUUCGCUUCUGAAACCCCAGCUGUUGAGGAAUCCGAGGGAGCUCUGACCGAGGUCUACCCUGGCUUCCCCGAGCGUGUCUCUGGCGAGAUUGUUUUCUGCGAUGCAGAUAACAUCAAUACCGAUGGUAUCUACCCCGGCAAGUAUACCUACCAGGAUGACGUGCCACCGGAGACCAUGGCUAAGGUCUGCAUGGAAAAUUAUGACACUACAUUUUCUUCCAUUGCAAAGGAGGGGGAUAUCCUGGUCAGUGGCUUCAACUUUGGUUGUGGAAGCUCCCGAGAACAGGCAGCAACUGCUAUUCUGGCAAAGAAGAUCCCGCUGGUGGUGUCUGGAAGCUUCGGCAAUAUUUUCUCUCGUAACAGCAUCAACAAUGCUCUGAUGGGACUCGAAGUUCCACGCCUGGUCAGCCGCCUCCGUGAGACCUUUGGCUCUGGGGACAAGGUUCUCACCCGCCGCACCGGCUGGACUCUCACCUGGGAUGUGCGGAGGAGCCAGAUCGAGGUCCAGGAAGGACAGGAUGGCCCCAAGUGGACACACAAGGUCGGAGAGCUCCCACCAAACGUCCAGGAGAUCAUCGCCAAGGGUGGUCUCGAGAAAUGGGUCAAGAAUGCCAUCGGAGCAUAAAGCAAACAGGCUUUUCUCGCCAAUACUGGAGUAAAGUAGGGAGGCUCUACGCGUGUUCUAUUAUACCCAACGUUUCACCCUUUAUUUUGAACAGCAUUGAUGGAUUGGUUGACUUUUUUUUUUCGCUUUUGGACUUCCAUUGUAACCUUGAAAGGCAGUGUGAUUGAGAUGAUUACCGUGUUGGAUGUGUAUACAUACCAAAAAGCGAUUUCGUGGCAGCAAUCUAGAUUAGAG